AUGAAUUCAAGUAAGGCACCUACAUGUGGUUGGUGGUGCUGUGCUGGCAGCUGCAGCGACGGAACAGAACAAAAACAAGAGAAGAAAAUGGAGAAUCAAUCACCUGAAAUUCAUGAUCAACUAGUCUAUGUCGACAGUCAACAGGUGGUUCAUACAGAAAUAGAGCAACCUCAGCCUGCGAUAGUUGGUGGUGCGAUGGUUGGUGAUGGAGAUGUUAUAACUAAUACUCGAAUUCAAGUUCAAGAGAUGGAUGGUUCUUCGAACAUCAUCCAAAGCUGCUCGGAUCAUCUGAAAUCUCGACUUCAAUGGACACAAGAGCUUCAUGAAAAAUUUGUCAAGGCUGUAAAUGAGCUUGGUGGAGCAAAUAGGGCAACACCUAGAGGAAUUCUAAGGUUGAUGAUGGACGUUGAAGGGCUAACUAUGAACCACUUGAAGAGUCACUUGCAGAAAUUCAGACUGGGUAAGACAAGAAGAAUGUAUAAGAAGCCAUUUAUACUUGGAGACUACUUAACCUUGGCAGGUCAAGGAUCUUCAAGCUCCAGGACACUUGAUAAUAAUAUUGGAGUUCCAUAUGAAUGCCAAAUGAAAACAGUUAGAGAACAGGCUUAUAGGAAUCUGCAGCUUGCACCAGUUGAGCCUCAGUCCACACAACAGAAUUUAGACUUGGGAAAAGAUUUUGCAAGUGAUUCUGGCCAUCAGCAAGCACCUGCUUUACUGCCACUAUUUCCAACACAGCGGUUAAACAUGUUGCAAGGACCAGCUAAACAAGUUGCUCCUGAUCAGCCUACUAACGAUACUUCAUUGGCAGUAGAUGAAUUCCUGAAUGCUCUUGGCUGCUCGUCCAAGUUGGCCGUGAAUAAUGCCCAAGAAACCAGUCGAGCAAGUGCAAAUUGUGGGAGCUUUAUGGAUGAUUUGGCAAACUUCUAG